CUUAAGAUGGUGCUGUCCUUACAAACACAGUGGCUUAUGGGUAUCUUCAGAAGUCAUUGGAACAUCACACAAUCAAGAUAUUUAUUUAAAUGACUUGCUGAUUGGGGCUUGUGUUCUACUCUCCGGCAAUAAUUAUUCAAAAUUUCAGCUGCUUUGUAAGUUUUUAAGACUUGCUGUGCCAAACAGAUCAGUUUUCUGUAGAAACCAAAGGCUAUUUUAUUUGCCAGUGAUACUGACUAUGUGGGAUGACAUGAAGUGCAAACUUCUGGAAAUAUUGAUGCCCUAUAAAGACAUUAUUGUUGGUGGAGAUGGAAGAAAUGACUCCCCUGGCUUUUCUGCACGAUUCUGUCUCUAUGUUGCCAUGGACCUUUUAACAAAUUUAAUUAUAGACAUGGAGGUUCUUGAUAAACGGGAGACUGGUGGGGAUGCUACCAAUAUGGAAAGAGAAGGCUUAACUCGCAUUUUGCUGCGCUGGAUGAAGCAAAUUGACAUUGGAGAGAUUGCUACAGAUGCUUCCAGUUCUUUGAUGAGGAGAAUUUCAGACCUCAAAGCAAUUCACCCGCAGCUUAAGAACAUGGCCCAUUCAUUGGAUGUUUGGCACAUGUCCAAGAGGCUGACAAAAAAGCUACAUAGCCUUGUAGAUAACAAGGAAGGAAAGGAGCUAAAACCCUGGAUUGAGGGUAAAAUCAACCAUUUCUGGCAUUGCUGUGAAAAUGCAAAGGGGGAUGAAGAAAAGUUAAAAGAUUCAUGGCUUGGUAUUCUCCAUCAUAUUUGUGAUGAACAUGAAUGGGCAGAUUCACAGUGUAAUCAUGGGCCCCUUCAGUCUGCUGAGCCUAAACAGUAUUUAAAGAAAGAUUCAGCAGUGAUGGAGAAAUUGAGAUCAGUGGUUCUUGAUGCAAAAAUCUUAAAUAAACUCAAAUAUUACACUAAAUUUCGGCAUACAGGAUCCAUUGAGAAUUUUAAUAGUAUGCUUACAAAGUAUGCUCCUAAAAGAUGUGCAUUUGACUAUCCUUAUUUUAAGUGCAGAAUGGCACUUGCAGGAAUAGACCACAAUAUGCACAAUAGUCGACCACAGGCUACAACAAAGGAUGGACAAGCAUGCUUUAAGCGAAAAUACAGCAAGGCUACCAGGAAAUUUCGAGUUGAGCCCGUCAAAGAACAGAAGGAAUAUUCAUAUGUUCCAUAUUGCCUGGCUAAGAUUGUUGUUGAUCGUCAAAAUCACACUGGCACUGUACAUGAGAGACUUGCAAGAGUUCCUGGUGAUCCAAAGCUCAUUUCAAGGAACCUGGACCUAGUUGUAAAGCCUCCUCCAACCAGCAACCUUAUUCAAGAAAGGAAAUCACGCAUGGAAACAAAGAAAUAAACUUUCAAUUUAGCUCUAAAAGUCACUGUAAAAUGUAAAAUUCAACAUUUCAAUAACAAAUUUAGUUAUUCUUAAACCCCAUAUACUGCCCAUCGGGUGAUGGGUAAGCUUCUCUAAUUAUCUUGACCACACAUGAUGGGAGAAUCCUUCGAUUGCCUCUGCCUAGCCUGCCAUACUUCCACAAUGUGAACUGCCUAUAUGCAGCCUUCCUGAAUGAAUUCAUAGAAAAAUCCAUAGGGUCUGCACGAAUAUCACAUCUUGCAGUAAUAUUAAGCUGUAGGACAUCUCUGUCCAGACAGAGCUUUCCAAACAUUCUGUAGGCAGUCACACAGACUUUCCUGUCACAACACUUGUUUUCAGCUGGAUGCCCAGUGUCAACACAAAUCCCACAUUUACACCAAAUUUGCAAAUUUGGUCUUUGAAGUGGCUCCUCUGGGCGCUGUAUGGUAUCUAUCAGGUCCCGCACAAACUCUAAGCUUCCCUCGCCACUGACAGCUAAUUCAAUAGUGAGCUGUUGAAGUGUUUCAAGUGUUAGGUCAUUGAUUAUAUUCUAAAAAUAAAAAAGAACACAUUUAGUACAAACAUUUUGUCUGUUUACUUUUGCUCUAAUGAAUGCCAGGGCAAAUAUUAGCCUUAACUUAUUUACGUGUUGUUGAUUAUUCUCAGUGCGUUGUGGUUUUCCUUAUUUACUAUCUUUAGAUCAAAACUUUGUUAUCUAGCCUUUACUAAUAAUACUAGGUUCUUUGAAAGUCAGGUUUUUAUUCUUGUUUAUUUGUUUUUGAAUAAAAAACAUAGAGCCUGAAAUUUUUCUGGAACAAAAAGUUCCUGCUCUUCAAGGACCUGCUCCUGGGUCACAAGCUGAUUUUUUUAAAAAUAAACAUUGGUAAUCUCAAUGUUGGCCUAUAUAAUGUUGUGAUUUGUUUAUAAAAAUUUUUGUUACUAUUUCAUAUGAAAUAAAAAAAUAUGCUAGUUUACAUUUUUGUGAUAUUCACCUGCACACUCAACCUUGCAAGCUCUAUUUCCUGCUCUAUGGAAAGGAUUACAUCCUGGCUUCCACCCUGAUUUCUGGCUUGAUUUCCUCCAGCUGGUUUUGCCUGAAUGGACUCUGGCUAAAAAUGAAGUAAUUUCACCUCAUAAGUAACAUUCCAAAAGUUGGUUGUUAUUCUUUAGUUACGAUCAGGAGGGCAAAUCGUUCCCAGAAAGCAUAAUCUUCCUAGCCCUGAUCAAUAUAAAUAAGGAUCUAAUUAUAGAGAAAUGAAUAUGUUUUGCUUAGCAUCUGGGUUAAGGAAAGCACAGCUCAAUGUUCAUACAAAUGUAUGCAUUCUCUGUUACCUAGUCUAUUCUUGUACACAAAAAGUGGGAAUCUAACAUGAGGGAUUCUGAUAAGCUUUGGGGGGAUUUUCUUAAAAGACAACUCCCCCCAUCAAACAUUCAAGAGGACGCAAAAGCAGUUAAAAUCUGGGAUUUGGAAUAAUAACAAAAGGGUUGUCUCCUGAUCAUGGUUUACAACAUGAAAUAACUGUGCAUCUCAAAAGAAUGUUUUCUGAUACAUUUGAAAUAUGAAAGUAAGGGCAGUGGGAGCUUGGGUGAAUGAUUAACUUGUAUGCUGAUUUGAAAGGUACUUUUGAAAUGCCAAGGCUACGAGAAUAAUUUUGUUUAGGAUUCUGUUCAUCUGGAAGGCUUUGCUAUGAGUCAUUAGCAAGGUCCCUUUCAUGUUCACAUCAAUUCUAUUGCCCAUGAAAAAUGCGUAAGUACAGAGAAAAGGUAGGCUUAGUCCCAAUUUCAUAUGUAUUUUUGGGAGCUGGGAUAAGUUUCCUUAUAUUGUAGUGUGGGGAAAUCGAAGAUUAAAAUAGAAUAGCUUUUUACUACUGAACAACUUACCUAAGUUGGCUUUUUACAACUUUUUUACAAUUUGACCAUGAUGAACCCCCCUUUAACCAUGUUUCAAACACAGCGUUACAAAGUCUGUAGCAGGACUGUAAGCAUGAAUUGGGUUGGACUAAAAUGUUAGAAAUUAUACAAUCUUAAUGUUACUAACUAAUAUACUUUCUAUGAGGCGGUCUAAUUUGGAAGAAAAAAAGAAGAGUUGAUUCACCUUUCCGUUUGAGCACCACUUCACAACUGUGCCUCGACUUUUUUUGCCACACAUGCACUGUUCACUACAUUUUAAAUUUGCGUCUUUGCAAGGACAGCCUGGCCUUCUUCCUGAGCGUUUUGAGCAUGUGCUCUUGCAAAAACAAAUAGGCCUCUGAAAUCAUAAAGAAAUAAAUGCCUGUUCAUACAACAAAUUUAGAACACCAGAUAAAGUAUGAAUGCUCGACAAUAUCACGAAUAUCAAGUAACAAUUAAGGCAGGUAACAAAGAUUAAACUUUCAAACCUUCAAAUCGUGCUGCUCGCUUCUUACACUUUCAAGUGAGAAGUCAUCAGUGCCUU